UAAUCAGGCGAGUUAAAGUCGUUAUCAGUUGGGGUAGUUGUAGAUUGAAAAAAAAAAAAAAAAUACGCUUAGUUGCAGGUUGACGGUUCGAGCUGAUUUUCAUCAUUUUAAAAUUGAACGGUGCUAGGAUAGGGCACUGUAGUUCAUUCAAAUAGCUACAAUCUUGAUCAUGGCUACCUUUGACUCGACGAAGCACCAACAUACUCGUUUUAACCCUUUAACCGGACAAUGGAUUUUGGUUAGUCCUCAUCGAAUGCAGCGACCUUGGUCAGGUCAAGAAGAACAGCCUCAACGCAUAGAUUUACCUGAUUUUGACCCAAAUAAUCCAUUAUGCCCAGGGGUUAUUCGCGCUAACGGAGUCAAAAAUCCCAUAUACACGUCAACGUUCGUUUUUACCAAUGACUUUCCAGCUUUAUUGGAGGACGUGCCUUUGCCACCAAAAGACGAUGACCCAUUAUUUAAAACUGGUGGCGCUCGCGGCACUUGCAAAGUUAUGUGUUUUCAUCCAAAAUCCAACAAAACGCUGCCGCUAAUGACACCAAAGGAGAUUCGUUCAGUUAUAGAUGCAUGGAUCAAAGAAUAUAACUUACUCAGUAGCAAAUACCCCUGGGUGCAAAUCUUUGAAAACAAGGGAGCUAGUAUGGGAUGCUCAAAUCCCCACCCACACUGUCAAAUUUGGGCGUGCUCUUUUUUACCAAACGAACCAUAUUUGAAAGACGAGAAUCUUCGUCGUUACUUCCAAACUCAUGGAGCUCCUUUACUUGAAGAUUAUGUUGAGAAAGAAAUAAUAAGAAAGGAAAGAAUCGUGUUGGAAAACCCUGACUGGCUUGUUGUUGUACCCUUCUGGGCUAGCUGGCCUUUUGAAACAAUGGUCGUUUCAAGGAAUGGUAAUCGACGUAUUUCUGAUUUGAAUCAGCAACAAAUUAACAACCUAGCGAUUGUUAUAAAAGAACUGACAACCAAAUAUGAUAAUUUGUUCAAGUGUUCUUUUCCAUAUAGCAUGGGAUGGCAUGGAGCACCAACAGGAGAUUUUUCAAAUUCAGAUAGUCAUUGGACUUUGCAUGCAGUUUAUUAUCCACCAUUACUGCGAUCGGCAACGGUCCGCAAGUUUAUGGUCGGAUUUGAAUUAUUAUGCCAGGCGCAGCGGGAUCUAACCCCUGAACAUGCAGCAGCUAAGCUCCGUCAACUAUGUGGAAAGAAACACUAUACUGAACAUAUAUAGUUAUUUUAUUUGCACAAUUAGAAAUAUCAGACUUGAAUGACAAAAAGGUUAUCGGAUUGCAGCAAAAGUAACAAGGUUAUCGUUUUGUUUUUAUUUAUAAAUGCAGAAUGUUAUUUCAUUACAUAAAUAGUACUAUCAUGAUUUUUUCAUACUUUGCCGUCUUUCUAGACUUUGCAACUCAUGCAACAAAAACGCUACGUUAUAACGAAGUCAAUGAAACAUUGCCAUGUUCAUUUCGAAGCUUUGAAACCCUCCAUCUGCUUUCUUAAUGUGUAUUAUGACAGUUGGAAAAGGCAUUGUUGAUCUGAAAUUUAUAUUAGAAAAAUCAAAUAUAUAUCAAUAUAUCUCUAGUAAUUAAUGUUGUUGAUGACCUUAACAAAACUCAAUAAACUCGCCAAAAGGAGUGGUCGGAUCCAGA